GCCGAGGCGCUGCGAGGGGCCGGCCGCGUCCCCAUUGGUUCUCGGGGAAAUAAGAUCACCUCCUGGACCGUAGUCAUUUCCGGAGCUGAGCUGCGGCGAGAAGAGUGUCCCCAUGAUGAAACGGGCAGCUGCUGCAGCCAUCGGAGGAGCCCUGGCCGUGGGGGCUGUGCCCGUGGUGCUGGGCGCCCUGGGCUUCACCGGGGCAGGGAUCGCGGCCUCCUCCUUAGCGGCCAAGAUGAUGUCAGCGGCCGCCGUCGCCAACGGGGGCGGCGUCGCAGCCGGCAGCCUGGUGGCGACUCUCCAGUCCGUGGGGGCAGCUGGACUCUCCACAUCAUCCAACAUCCUCCUGGGCUCCGUGGGAUCAGCUUUUGGGGCUUGGCUUGGAGGUACCAAAAAGGUACCUCCUUCCCCUCCCCGGCUGAACCCAGGGCUGAAGGCGGCCAGCCAGGAGAAGAUGUAUCCCGAGCUGAACCUCCCAAACCCCCCCUCAAGUCGGAGAAGCUUGAGAAAUAAAGGUCACCUGCAGCCGCACCUCCCUGUCUUUGUUCCUGGCUGCCCUGGGCUUAUGCGGUAACCUGGCUGCAGCAUCCUGGGUGCCUAUCAGUGAAGAAACUAGAGGAUCUCAACAUUUGCACGGAGAC